AUGUUCAUCGUAUCUCUGCCAUUUGCGGUCUUAAGGGGAGGUUACUGGGCUAUUGUAGCUAUGGUAGGCAUCGCCUAUAUCUGCUGCUACACUGGAAAAAUUCUCGUGGACUGCCUCUACGAAUUCGACAUCCAGACAGGAAAACAAGUGAGGGUGAGGGAUUCCUACGUCUCCAUAGCCAAGGAGUGUUUCGGAAAGAAAUACGGAGCCAAGGUCGUCAAUGUCGCCCAAAUCAUCGAACUUCUCAUGACCUGCAUUCUGUAUGUCGUUGUUUGCGGUGACCUGAUGAUUGGCACUUUUCCGGACGGCGUUAUAGACACCAGGUCAUGGAUGAUGUUGACCGGCAUUCUACUAAUACCCUUAGGUUUCCUCAAGUCUUUGAAGAGUGUCAGCCUCUUGUCCUUUUGGUGCACCAUGUCCCACAUCUUCAUCAAUGCCAUCAUUAUUGGUUACUGCCUCCUCUACAUCGGAGACUGGGGCUGGAGCAAAGUGAAGUGGUCCAUCGACAUGGAAAACUUCCCCAUAAGCUUGGGCGUCAUUGUCUUUUCAUAUACGUCCCAAAUUUUCCUGCCCACUCUAGAAGGCAACAUGGAGGACCCUUCCAAAUUCCAAUGGAUGCUAGACUGGUCACACGUGUGGGCUGCCGUCUUCAAAGCCUCCUUCGGCUACAUCUGCUUCCUAACUUUCCAGAACGACACCCAGCAAGUCAUCACCAAUAACCUCCCUUCCGAGGGGUUCAAGGGACUCGUGAAUAUAUGCCUGGUGGCGAAGGCUCUAUUGAGCUACCCGCUUCCGUAUUACGCUGCUUGCGAACUGCUAGAAAGAGCCUUCUUCAGGGGCAGGCCCAAGACACCAUUCCCUACGAUUUGGGCUCUGGACGGUGAUCUCAAGGUUUGGGGACUGGCUUGGCGUAUUGGGGUUGUAGUUUUCACGGUCCUGAUGGCUUGUUUCAUCCCACACUUCUCCAUUCUCAUGGGGUUCAUCGGCAGCUUCACGGGUACCAUGCUGAGCUUCAUUUGGCCUUGCUACUUCCACCUCAAGCUGAAAAGGAACGGUAUGGAUACCAGGACCAUCGCGCUAGAUUACUUCAUCAUUUUUUUGGGUUUUCUGUUUGGGAUCAUAGGGAUUUUCGAUUCUGGUAAUGCUUUGAUCAAAGCGUUUUCAAUCGGGCUUCCAUUCUAAAGUAGUGUUAAGAAUUGUUAUUGCGCAAAGGGGUUACAAUAAGGUUGAGCGGGGAAGGAGGUCAGUUUUCCAACUGUUUUGGAAUAUUUUAUUGAAUGAGACAUGCCCGCUCAAUUUUCCUUACUUGUUCAAUAAUUAGUAGCUUACAAAUAUCGUCUGUUGAAGUUGAAACAUUCUUUGUGGGUUCACAAAGGGUAUUAUAAUAAGGUUCGUCUAAAGUGACCAACGAAGUCUUCCAAAUAGUAUUAAAAAAACAAAGCAAUCUG